AUGCCCAGCACUUCGCAGAAGGUGGCUUCUUUCCUGCAUGACCCCCAUGCACUGGAUGCCCUCGUCCUCAACAUGCAGCAGUGGCAAGGAGGCAAGGUGCAGGGGGUGGCUCCCGUGGUGGUGGACCCUUACCUGGGCAGGCACCUGCGGCCGCACCAGCGUGAGGGCCUGCAGUUUCUGUAUGAGUGUGUCAUGGGCCUGCGCGAGUCCGGCCGCUUUGGAGCCGUCCUGGCAGAUGACAUGGGCCUGGGGAAGACCCUGCAGGUGAUCAGUCUCAUCUGGACACUGCUGCGGCAAGGACCUUCUGGGAAACCGGCUGUGAAGCGAGUCAUUGUAGUGACACCAUGCUCCCUCACGCAGAACUGGGCAGACGAGAUCAAAAAGUGGCUGGGCAACGAGCGUAUUAAAGCCCUCGUGCUGCAAGCAGGACCGGAAGCAAAGGGGCAGGUGCUGGACUUCAAGGCGGGCAAUGUGUGGAAAGUGAUGGUGGCAUCCUAUGAGACUCUGCGCAAGCACACGGAUGCGCUGGCGGGCUGUGUGGACCUUCUGGUGUGCGAUGAAGGCCAUAGGCUGAAGGCGGCGGCCGGCAGCAAGACCAUCUCGGCUCUGCUGGCCCUGCGCUGCCCCCGCCGCAUUCUCGUCACUGGCACGCCCCUGCAGAACAACCUGGACGAGUUCUUUGCGCUGAUCAACUUCGUCAACCCGGACCUGCUGGGCUCGAUGGGCACCUUCCGGCGCAUCUUUGGGGACCCGAUCUCACGCUCGCGCGACCGCGACUCCACACCGGAGGAGGUGGCGCUCGGGCAUCAGCGCUCGGCAGAGCUGAGCCGCCGUGUGGACGCCUUCAUGCUGCGCCGCACCAAGGAGAUCAACGCGGCGUACCUCCCGCCUCUGCACUCCUUCGUCGUCUUCUGCCCGCCCUCCCCGCUGCAGGUGGCGCUGUACAAGCAGCUGGUGCGCUCCAACAUGGUGACAUCCCUGCUGACAUCAGCGGGCGGCUGCAGCGAAGGCAGCGCGCUGUCAUGCAUCAUGGCCAUGCGUAAGCUGUGCAACCACCCGGACAUGCUCUUCGUCGGGGACGACAUGGAGGCCGCCGGUCUUGAGGCGGACCUGCACCCCCUGUACCCCGCUGGAUACCAGCUCGGCCAGCCACAGCACUCUGGGAAGAUGCAGGUCUUGGAAGGGCUGCUGGCACAUGUCCUGGGAGGCAAGGCAGGUGAGCGGGUGGUGGUGGUUUCCAACAGCACCAAGACGCUGGACCGGGUGUCGGCAGUGUGCGACAGCCGCCGCUGGACGACUGUGCGCAUCUGCGGAGACGUCAAUGCCGCCAAACGCCAGGACAUCGUCACCGCCUUCAACCGCCACAACGUUGGCCAGGUGCUGCUGCUUUCGGCAAAGGCCGGGGGCGCGGGCCUCAACCUGAUCGGCGCCAAUCGCCUUGUCCUCUUUGACACAGACUGGAACCCCGCCACAGACCUGCAGGCAAUGGCGCGCAUCUGGAGGGACGGCCAGACAAAGCCCUGCACCAUCUACCGGCUGCUCACGACAGGCGCCAUCGAUGAGAAGAUGUACCAGAGGCAGCUCAUGAAGGGUGAGCUGGCGGAUGCGAUGGAGCAGGCCAGCAAGCAGAAGGGGCCUUCGUUCACGCGUGAGGAGCUGAGGGCACUGUUCUCCCUCAACACAUCGACUUCCUGUGAGACCGCUGUCAUCAUGCGCAACUCUGCCAGCGCCCAGGACUGGCUGGAUGUGAAGGACAGUCUGGAUGAUGAGCCUCUGAAGGCAUGUGUGGCAAGCGGAAACAUCAGCUAUGUGAGGAAGAUCGCCAACGAGCAGGACUUUCUGAAGGACAUAGAGCAGCCGCGCGAAGCUACGCCUCCAGCUUCUGAUGAUGCAGCAGGCGGCAGCUGUCAAAGCUCAGAGGAUGGUGUAGCUCUGGACAGGGACACAGCAGACACAGCAGAGCCUCAGCCGUUUCCCAAGUGCAACGGAGCCCAUGUGGCCUUCAACAAGGAGACAGGGGACAACGUGGGACCGCUCCUGAUCAAGAAGGACGAUUGAUGAAGUCACAGAUGGGUGUGAUGCAGCCUGAAAAUUUUCUAUCAAAUCCGUCAGGCAAAAGCAACUGUGCUGCUCGAGGAGAACCGAACAUUCUGGACUGAGGGGAGAUUUGUAGAGCAGAGAGAGGCCCAUUGGCAGAACACGGUUCUCAAAAGCCAUCAUUUGGCUACAGGCAAAUAUGCUCAGUAUCUAUCCUGCGCAAAAUGCGCCCAGUGUCACAUUGGACAGGAAGGUUUUUUUUUUGCCGGUGCUAUGGCCUACGGGCCUGCCCAUUAAGGCUUGAGGAAACAGCAUUGGUAGCAUCAAGCUGUCUGUACACUGCAUAGACUCAAGCAUGAGGUAUUCCCCUCCUGUUAUUGGGUCAUGGGCGCACUUUUCAAGCGUGUUGUCAAGUUGAAAAGCUGAUUGCAAUAGUUUAUGAUGAACAUCGAUAUCGCAAGGCAGUGUCACAGAUUAUCUGUGGCAGAUUCAAGAAUGAAGAUUGCGUGGAC